AUGGUGAAGCAUCCAGUAGACUACUCGUUCUACUUCGUGACCGACCCUACGAAUGAGAACUACAUCGACGUCAUACAGCAGUGUGUCGACAACGGCGCCACGAUUGUCCAGUUGCGUGAGAAGCACCUUGACACCGGAGCCUUAGUCGCAAAGGCCCGUGAGGUCCACGAGAUCACCCAGAAGGCCGGCAUUCCACUGAUCAUCAACGACAGAGUUGACGUAUGCCUGGCCAUGGGAGCUGAGGGUGUCCAUGUUGGCUUUGACGAUAUGAUCCCAUGUGAAGCACGCAGGCUGCUGGGGCCUGAUAAGAUUCUGGGAGUCUCAGUGCACGAUCUGGACGAGUUGAAGUUUGUAUUGGAAGAUGGAAGCGCUGACUACAUUGGCAUUGGUGCUGUGUACGACACCUCUACGAAGAAGCUGAAGCAGGCGCCAACAGGCCCCCAGGGAGUGAAAAAGAUCAUCAAGUACCUCGUGGACCACAAGAUUGAGCUGCCCUCAGUAAUCAUUGGCGGGCUGAGUGUCGAGAACAGUGCACCUUCAAUCAUCCAGUCGUCAUACAAAGGCGUCAAGACCAAUGGUGUUGCCGUGGUGUCGUGUAUCUCCCAGGCUGCUCAUCCUGGUGAGGCUUCGAAGCAGUUGCGCUCCAACUUGGACGCUGUGUACAAGACACACAUCCCACAAGUGAUCCAAUCGGUCUACGAGUCGCCACCAGUGAUCCUACACGUGACCAACACCGUGGUUCAGAACUUCAGUGCCAACGUGACGCUGGCCAUCGGUGCAAGCCCAAUCAUGUCGUACGAGGACUCGGAGUUCGCUGACCUGUCGUUGAUCCCAGGGUCCGCCGUCGUCGUCAACACAGGGUCUCCUAAAGUCUCAGAUACGAUGUAUGCUACUGCCCUACACACGUUCAAGUCAAAUGGCAAGCACGUUGUGUUUGAUCCUGUUGGAUGUGGUGCCACUGGUUUCAGAAGAGCUCUGAACAAAGAGCUCUUCCUGAAGUACAAGCCGAACAUCGUGAAGUGUAACGCUGGAGAGAUCAUCUCGCUGAUCAAGCUGUGUGAGGGCAGUGAUGGAUCGGAAGAGACCACGGUGCGUGGUGUCGAUUCUACGGUGCUCACAGAGCCCCUGGAGCUAAUCGCGCUGCUGAAGCAGUUCUGCAGUAAGUACCGGUGUAUCGCUGCGAUCACGGGCGAGGUUGACGUUGUUUGUUCGCCAGAUGGCCACGCAGCCACGGUCACCGGCGGCGACCAUCUGCUCACACGGAUCACGGGCACUGGGUGCUCGUUGUCUGGGGUUGUUGCCUCGUACGUAGCCCAUGUCCCAUUGGAUGAUCUCGACACGGUCUUCCACCGCACUGUCGAUGCCCUGGCAUCCUACAAGCACUGUGGCAGAAGGGCCUCGCUGAACAGCAAAGGACCAGGCUCCUUCCAGGCGCAGUUCCUCAACGAACUGUACAAUCUGAAGAACAUCACCACGCUGGAGUGCGUUAUCGAGUACCACUAG